AUGUCUGUCUUCUCGCUCGACGUGUCUAAAGACAACCCUGUGACGACCAAAGACCUCGACAGGGCUUGUGAGAUAUUGGGCGUCACCAUCAAAGAUGCGGAGAAGGCUGAAUAUGUCAAUCUCUUGGCAGUCUAUCAUGAUUCCAUGGCCAAGUUGAUGGCAUCCGAAGACUACGGCCCUGAGGUUGAUAAUCAGAGAUUUGAACGGAAGAAUGUCCACUUUCCCUCGAGCGCCGACAAUGCCUAUGGCGCCUGGGCUUGGAAGUGUGAAAUAUCCGACAAGAGCCCUGACCCCUCCGGAUUACUUAAGGGGAAGACCGUAGCUCUCAAGGACUGUAUUGCAGUUGCGGGUGUCCCAUUGCUGCUGGGCACCAGCUUCUUCACCGACUACACACCGAGCACCGACGCGACGAUUGUGACCCGAAUGCUGAAAGCAGGAGCAACUGUCUCGGGCAAGUCUGUCUGCGAGAAUCUGUGUCAUUCGGCCACCUCGCAUACAGCAUCAACCGGAGUCGUGCAUAACCCACACGCGAAGGGUUAUGCGUCUGGCGGCUCCUCGUCAGGGUCUGCAGUGCUGGUAGCUCUCGGGCCCGAGAACGGCGGAGUCGACUAUGCCAUAGGAGCGGAUCAGGGCGGUUCUAUACGAGUUCCAGCCGCCUGGUGCGGUAUUGUCGGCCUGAAGCCUACCUUUGGCCUUGUCCCAUGGACGGGUGCCGGCAGCAAUGAGCCUACCAACGACCACAUGGGGCCAAUGACGCGAGACGUCUUAAGCAACGCCAAGCUGCUCAAGGCGAUAGCAGGGACUGAUUUCGUCGAUGAUCGAUCAUACGGCGCCCCACCGCCAGACAAGAUUCCUGCCUACCAUGAGAUCCUUGAAAACCAGCAGAAUCCCAUAGAUCUCUCGGGAUACAGGAUAGGUAUCCUAGUUGAAGGUCUGCGUACUCCUGCCAUGGAUCCCAGAGUGGAACAGUCGUUUCUCAAGGCGGUAGAUCAGUUUCGAAAACUUGGAGCCGUGGUCGAAGAAGUGUCAGUACCUGCCCAUGCCACGGCCGGUGCAGUGUGGACGGGCAUCUCAAAGCUUGGUGGCUAUCUCAACAAGACUCUUGCUCUAGGGGGUCGGCGAGGCUACCAGCUUAAUGACCUAAAUGAGAAACUCUGGCCUAUGACUCAAAGCAAGUGGGAUAACGCCAUUCCUUCCACGAAGAAUAUCUACCUCAAUGGCGUUUAUGCACAGGAUAUGCAAAAGUUUCCCGGCCUGUUUGGCAAAGCCACGAAUCUCUCUAUCAAGGCUCGGCAUGGCUACGAUGCCGUACUUGGUGACUGGUCGUCAAUAUCGACAUUUGUGACGGACUCGACCCUUGCCAACUUGAAGCAGCAGAAGACCUACGACGUGAUUGUUAGUCCCACCUUACCCUUCAUUGCAAAGUCUCAUCCCGAGCUCGGCGAAUCAGGCGCGACCGGCAAUCCCCUUUUGCAGUUGCAGAAACAAGUCGGGCUGACCGGAAAUACUGCGCCUUUGAAUCAGACCGGCCAUCCGGCUCUGGCCUUGCCCAUCGGUAUGUUGGAGAUAACCGAGGGCCCUCUUGCGGGCUCGGGAACCAAGCUGCCUGUCAGCAUGCAGGUGAUAGGCAAAUGGUGGGACGAAAUCACCGUCCUAAAAGUGGCGUACGCAUGGGAGGUUGCCACGGGUGGGCCAGAUGCGUGGAAGCAGUUGUGA